AUGGGUAUCCAACGCGGAGGCCAAAGUGCGGCAGUUGCCUCGUCCAGCACCAUCGACCCUUUGGUCCAAACAUUUGGACAGCUUCAUGUUCUCGAUGAUUUAAUCAGACUUCGAGCAUCGGAUGUUGUUCAGCAACCUAUUCUCGCAUAUCCUAGUACCGACAAAGAUGCGGCAUCCUAUACCUACUAUACAGGUCAAGACCUGGACGAGAUGAUCAACCAGGCAGUCACAGUGUUGAUCAACGAUGGAUUUCAGCCGGUCAAAGAAAACGGGUGUACGGUAGCCCUCGUGACUCUGUCCGACCUUGACAUGGUGAUCACAUUCUUCGCCCUCAGUCGGUUAGGAUAUACUGUCAUGAUGCUAUCCCCAAGUCUAUCGGGUGAAGCCUGUGUAUCAUUGCUCGACACCACGUGCUGCGAGAUCAUAAUUUACGGCAACACCGGAAGAAUCCGUACAACCAUGGGCGAAAUACUGCAGAGAAAGCUCGUGAGCUGCCGUCCGAUGCCACAUGCCUCUCUCCACAACGCUGAAUCAUCCAUCUUGAUUCUGCGCCGAAAUCGCAGCUCAGAGGCGCAAAAGAACAAGAUUGCUUUAAUUCUUCAUUCAUCCGGCUCUACCGGCACGCCGAAACCUUUAUAUCUCACCCAUCGAGUAUUGAUGACCCAUCCUCUUCGUGGGCCUGGAUUGACUUCGUUCAACCCGCUUCCAUGGUAUCAUCUCCACGGUCUCUCUACUGCACUGCAGGCAAUGUGGAUGAAAAAGACAGCCUUCAUGUGGAAUGCUGCGUUGCCGUUGACCGCAGCAUCGGUGGUAUCUGUGCUGGAGACUGCUCGGCCCGAGUCCGUGGCAGCUGUUCCUUACAUGCUCCAGCUGUUGGUGGACAGCACCCGUGGGAUUGCAGCGCUACGCGAGUGCAAGUUGGUCACUUACGGAGGUGCACCAUGUCCAGACGAACUGGGCGAUCGUCUUGUGAGCGAAGGCGUCUCAUUCGGAGGGUCAUUUGGCUUGACCGAGGCAGGAUUAGUUGCCGAGUCAAUUUCUCGACCUCCAGGUGACCCGUACUGGAACUAUUUGCGAUUCUUCGACAACAUUCGCCAAUACAUCUGGAUGAAGCCCAUUGGCGAUUCACUCUACGAGUGUGUAUAUCUGAAAGGCCACCCUGCAUUGACAACAUCCAACUCAAAUGAACCGCCGGGCUCGUUCCACUCAAAGGACGUUUUCACUCCGCACCCGACAAUCCCAGAUCGAUGGAAGUAUGCGUCGCGACUGGACGAUCGCAUCACUCUCGUGAACGGGGAGAAGGUUCUUCCGCUGCCAAUUGAAGGAUACAUCAAGCAGGAUGCCUUGAUCCAUGAAGUGGUAGUGGUUGGGAUCGGCAAGGCUGCACCUGCUCUGUUGAUCUUCCGAUCCCAAGAGGUCGACGCUGCAGAUAUCUCACACAAGGAGUAUCUUGAUGCAAUCUGGCCGACAAUUGAAGGCGCGAACGCUCGAUCUGAGCGUUUCUCUCAGAUAUCUCGAGACAUGAUUGCCGUCUUGCCCUACGCCUCGAAAUUCCCUCGGACCGACAAGGGCUCCAUGAUCCGAGCGCAGGUGUAUCUUCAAUAUGCUGAGCUCAUCGACAGCAUUUACACUCGUGCAGAGCAAGUUGACGGCAGCCUCCGUCUAGACUUUGAAGGCACAAAAUCCUGCCUGAUGGACAUCUGUCGUGAGAGUCUCGGAAUCUCUCCCUCCAGCGAGAAAGCUGAUCUCUUCGCCGAAGGUGUGGAUAGUCUCAAGGCCAUCCACCUUCGGCGUCUCGUUCUCCAGAAUUUCUCCUUUGACAAAGGCACGGUAGGCCAGAACGUAGUCUAUGAGACUGGCAGCAUUGUGCGCCUAGCGGAGCAUAUUUGUGCUUUGCAGAAUGGAGAAAAUCUCACAUCUGAAGAAACGGAUACAGAAGCCAUGACCAACUUGAUACACAAGUACUCCUCAUUCCAACAACACAUUCCCCGACCGGAGACUAAGCCAGACACAAAAUCUGUGAUCUUGACUGGAGCAACGGGUUCAAUUGGCGCCCACACUCUUUACGAGCUGCUCAACGACGAUUCAGUUACGACCGUAUUCUGUCUGACACGAAGGAAAUCCCCAUUGGAGGCUGUUCUCCGCAGUUUGAUCGAAAGAGACCUCUUUAUUACUGCAGAGCAAGCUUCCAAGAUCGUCGCACUGAACAGCUCCCUCGAUCAAUCCGAGCUCGGUCUUGAGAAUGAGAGCCUAGUCCGCUCCAUGAAGGAGUCGGUGACACAGAUCAUCCACGCAGCAUGGCCGGUCAAUUUCAAUCUUCCGCUCGCACAAUUCGAGCCACACAUCCGGGGUCUCCACAAUCUCAUCCAGUUCUCCCUCUCUGUGCAACGACCCGAACCCGCAACAGUCAUCUUCUGCUCGUCCAUCUCGACGGCUCUUGCAUCCUCAUGCGCCGAGAUCCAAGAAAACCCAAUGAGCCCAGGCAGCGCAUACAUGGGUUACGGACAAUCCAAGUUGAUCGGCGAGCACAUAGUCAGCGUCGCACGCAAAUCAGGGGCAAGGGCCUUCUCGCUCCGGAUUGGACAAGUGUCCGGUCAUUCAAAGAAGGGUCUGUGGAACGACAGUGAAGCACUUCCACUGCUGAUUCGGUCAGCAUUGACGCUCGGGGCACUGCCCGACAUGGACCAGACAUGUUUCUGGCUCCCGGUUGACAAACUGGCAUCGACCAUCGUCGAGCUGACCAGAACAUGCUCCGCGCCAAGUGAAGAGGUCACCGCGUGUCAUACAUCCAGUUCCACAAUAAAGGAAGCAGAUGACUCAAUUUAUAACGUGUGCAACUCGCGAGGGUUCUCGUGGUCAGCUCUACUGGAGUCCUUGGCCCGAAGCGGAUUCCAGUUUGAGACUGUGCCUUUUGAGAAAUGGUUGCAGAUGUUGCGUGCGAGCGAGACGCGUGGAGAAGAGCAUAUCAACCCGGCUGUGAAGCUGAUCGGACAUUAUGAGGCGAUGUAUGGAGGGAAGUUAUCGGGCUCGCCUCUUGGGCCGAAGACGUUCGUCACGAACAAGGCGGAGAGGGACAGUGUCACUCUGCGCAAUGGGCGCUUGAGGAUUAUCGAGGACGGAAUUUUGAAUUGUUAUGCGCGGGAUUGGCUGAAUCGGUGGAUGACUGCGUGA